UUGGUAACACUGUCUUCAUUACGAAAUUAGCAGACAAUUUCCGUUCUGCAGUUAAAAAUAUAAACAAUAACGCGAGUCCAAAUUAAUAGUACAUUUAGAGCCACAGGAAAACGAAAAUUUUUGGUUGCAACUUUUAGGCAAAUUAUUAACAAUCAAUGCAUCAAAGAACACAAAAGUGACAACAAAUACUACAGGAAUAACAAGGACAAGGACACAAAACAAGCCACCCACGCGCAGGCGAGAAAGAGACGGCUUAGACGCACAUAUACUCCACCCGCUACUCGCUGCAAUUGUUUUGUUUUUGCCAUCCGACCAAGAGCGACAGAGAGUGGGGCCAGCUAGAGAGAGAGACCGAGUGUGAGGAGCCAGUGCAAGUGCGAGCGAGAGCAACGAUGGAUCGCUACGACAUGGAGGACGUCGUGGUGGCGCCCCCUGCCGAGUGCAGUUCGCCGCUCAAGGAGUGGCGCCUCAAGGGCCAGGCGGGCACACUCACCCGCUCCGAUUUCACCGAGUUCUUUAAGCGCGAGGCGCCCAAAUACUUUGAGUACCAGUCGGUUGCUACGGAGACAGAUCCCAGUACGCUUACCCUUUCAAGUUUCGAUGCCUUGCGUGUGCAGGAGACCUUCCGCUUGACCUACUUCAAUGCGAACGUGGUGUCGCAGGUCAAGCAGCUGCAGCAGAGCAAGCGCCACAAUAUGCACGGCUCCAUCAAGUGCAUGUUCAAAGAGGCGCUGGCCAAGGAGGAGCUGAUCGACCUGGUGGUGGAGUUCAUUGUGGGCGACAACCCCACCGCCGCUCUGGAGAAGCUCCGGCUGGAGGGCAACACGGCGACCGUCUGCGGCAAGGUCUUCAAGAACGGGGAGCCCACCUACAGCUGCCGCGAGUGCGGCGUCGAUCCCACCUGCGUUCUGUGCGUCAACUGCUUCAAGCGAUCGGCGCACCGCUUCCACAAGUACAAGAUGUCCACCUCCGGCGGCGGCGGUUGCUGCGACUGCGGCGACGACGAGGCCUGGAAGAAGGAUCACUACUGCCAGCUGCAUCUGGCAAAUCGCAAGAACCCACUGGAGAGCAAGAUCCUGACCGACGCGGUGCGGGAGCGAGCAGAGAUCUGCUUCGGGGCGAUCCUCGCCUUCUGCGUCAACUACCUGGAGAUCGAGCCGAACUCGAGUCUGGAGUGCUUGGACGGCGGGAACGUGGAGGAGGGCGGCGAGGUGGACGGGGCCCAGUACUGCACGGUGCUCUACAACGACGAGUCGCACACGUUCGACCAGGUCAUCAACACGCUGACCAAGAUCGCCAAGUGCAGCCGAAAGGACGCCAUGGAGAUUGUGGCGGCGAUCGAUCGCGAGGGUCGAGCGGUGGUCAAGUGCGAUACCUUCCAGGAGUGCAACAACCUGAAGACGGCCAUCGAGAACCAGAUGAUCCCGCCCCUGCUGUCCACGUCGCGGCACAACCAAUCGCUGAGGACAUCGGUGCUGCACGUGCGGGCCGUCGCCUGCCAGCAGUUCGCCCUGCAGCUGCUCGGCUGGUUCCAGGAGUUCCUCGUGCGGCACUACCUCUUCCGCAAGACGUUCGCCGAGCUGGUGCAGCGCAAGCAGGAGGCCUUCUGCAUCCGCCACAUCCUCGAGCACGACGUCAAGCUGUGGAAGACGGCGCGCACCUGCUGGCACCGCCUCCUCAUCUCCGGCAUGCUGAUGGAGUACGACAACAAGAUGGUCCUUGCCCAGGAGUUCUCGCGUCGCUAUGCCACCAUUGUGGAGGACUUCAUCAGCGACGACCACGACCACGCCUUCUCGAUCGUUUCGCUCAGCGUGCAGCUGUUCACGGUGCCCAGCAUCGCCCAUCAUCUGAUCGCCCACGAGGGCAUCUUCAACAAGCUGCUGCACACGUUCUACCACGUGGCCAUCGAGAAGUUCAUUCAGAACCGGACGCUGCACUUCAGCAAGAACACCGCCGGCCUGACCUUCUUCAAGCGGGCCAACUACAUCCUGUACGACCUGCGCUAUCUGCUCAGUUUGAAGCCGGACGUGCUGAGCAACGAUCUGCGGAGUGGUUUCCUAGAAGGCUGCCGCGCUCUGAUGCGCGUGCUGAACGUUAUGCAGGGCAUGGAGUCGAUCACGAGGCAGACGGGACAGCACAUGGACUACGAGCCGGAGUGGGAGUGCGCCUUCAAUCUGCACAUCAAGCUGGCCACCACCAUCUCGCAGGUGAUCGAGUGGGCGGCCAGCGAUGUGAAGCUGCUCCGCAAGCUCUACAAGAUGACGGUGCGUGCCCUGGUCACGAACAGCUUCAUCGUGGCCGGCGAGAAGACGGAGGCGCGCAGCGUGGCCGGCCAUGUGGCCAGUUGCCUGAUGUACGACGUCUCCGUGAAGCCGGUGUCCAUUCACCUGCCGCUCUCCCGCUUCUACGCCGGCAUCUAUCUGCACCUGGGCGCCCACGGGAUGACCUACGACCUGCUGCAGUCGGAGAUGGAGGGCCUGGCGGGGAAGCUGACGCCGCGCGAGAUCAUCGAGCCGGUGUUGUGCACCCACGCGAUGAUUGCCCAGGUGGCCGCCGGGAUGUGGCGCCGCAACGGCUACUCGCUGCUGCACCAGCUCUACUUCUACCGCAAUGUGCGCUGUCGCGUCGAGAUGCUGGACAGGGACAUCGUCUGCCUGCAGAUCGGCGCCUCGCUGAUGGAGAGCAACGAGUUCCUCAUCCACGUGCUGAACAAGUUCAACCUGAUCGCCUGGGCGCAGGACAACUACGAGAGCAUGCUGGCCGAGAGUCCGCUGGACGACGAGUUCAUGCGCCAGCUGUCGAUGAUCGACGAGUUCCUCGAGCUGCUCAUCGUGAUCAUCGGCGAGCGCUGGAUGCCGGGCGUGUCGAUGGUCAGCGAGGAGGACCGCCUGCGCAAGGAGAUCAUCCAGCUGCUGUGCACCAAGUCCUACUCCCAUUCGGAGCUGAGUCGCGCGCUGCCGGACGGGAAUAGCGGGAACAGCGACAACAUCUUCGAGGACGUCAUCAACACGGUGGCCGUGUUCAAGAAACCAGUCGGCGUCGACAGCAAGGGCGUCUACGAGCUGAAGGAGCACCUGUUCGAGGAGUUCAACGUCUACUUCUACCACUACACCAAGGAGGACAAGUCCAAGGCCGAGGAGCUGCAGCGGGAGCGGCGCAAGGCCAAGAAGGAGCUCGUCUGCUGUCCGCCGCCAAUGCUCCCCCAACUGACACCGGAGUUUACAUCAAUGGCCAAUAUACUGCAGUGCAACGUGUUCCUGAGCAUCUGCACCUUGAUUAUGGAACGCGCCUUGGAUACGCGCAGCCGCUCCUUCACCGAAUCGCAUCUCCAGAAGAUUCUGCACCUGCUGGGCUUCGCCAUCCAAGAGGAGCUGAGCGAUCACUAUCCCUUCCUGAGCUUCUACGAGCGUUCGCAGCAGUACGGAAUCCUGGAGAAGCUGGACGAACUGGCCCGCUGUUCGAGGUUGGAGGCGCAUCGCGACUUUGUGCUGUGGACCAUCAGGCGGUACAAGGAGCUACAGGCCAAGCAGGCGCCUGCCGACAGCGAAGCGGGACCCAGUGGCUCGCAGCAGGGCAAUAGAGGAGGAGAGGAUCAACCACUCAGCUCAGAGGAGCAGGUGCGCCAGGAGAAGGAGGAGCGCGCCCGCCUGGCGGCCGAGCGUCGGGCCAAGAUCAUGGCCCAGAUGAAGAACGCCCAGAAGUCGUUCAUGAAGAGCAACGCCGAGCUGUUCGCGGUCAGCGACAAGGAGGCGGGCGAGAAUCCGGCGGGGCCCAUGGAGUGGGAGGACAUCUCCGAGGAGGACGAGGAGCAGCAGGGCGCCGUGGCGCUCAAGCCGCAGGUGGCCUGCUUGGGGCCGGAGCGCCGCUUCUACCAGGGCACCGAGACGAACUUCAAGUGCAUACUCUGCAUCGAGAACUGUGCCAUCAGCCGCAGCGGUCCGCCGUUGGUCAGCUCGGCCUUCGUCCAGACGUCGCGCGUGAUCUUCACCACGCCGAACAUGCGCAACGGGCCGAGUGCCCUGCACAUGAGCUGCUGCGGCCACGUGAUGCACUACAGCUGCUGGCAGGAGUACUACACCAACGAGGAGACCAAGGAGCAGCGGCGCCCGCACCGCAACCGCGCGGCGCUCAGCCAGCCGGCCAACGUGGAGUUCCACUGCCCGUACUGCCGCACGCUGAGCAACACGGUGCUGCCGGUGAUCGAGUCGCUGUCCACCUUCUCGCCGCCGACGCCCGCGGUCGGCGACAGCAGCUACCUGCCGCCGGACAGCUUCAUGGAGAUCAUGCGCACCCUGGCCACCGAGUGGGCCGCGCUGAAGGACGAGGAGAUGUGCCCGUUCCCGACCCUGGAGGGCAUUCUGCACAAGUCGGGCGUCGUCGGCGACAAGGCGCAGUUCGAGCGGAGCAUCCAGCUGAUCGAGUGGAUGCCGCAGCUGCACGAGCGCUACAGCGACGUGGCCGCCUUCCUCGGCAAGGCGCUGCUCACGCAGAGCCAGCAGUCGCACCUCAAGGACCUGCCCGCGGUCAGCGUUGUGGACCCGGAGAACUCCGAGCUGGUGCCGAUGCUGUGGGACACGUGCAGCUACACGCUGCAGGCGCUCGAGAUCUUUCUGUUCGAGUCGCAGAAGCCCCUCAAGGCCGAGCUGCCGAUGCGCAGCCAGAGCUGUGCCAUCAACCUGGUGCGGGCGUGCUCCCUGCUCUCCGCCUCCCCGUGGACGGACGAGCAGCCGCCGAAGCACUCGCUUCGCAGCGCCGAUGCGCAUCGCUUCCAGGUGGGCAAGUGCGACCAGCUGCUGGACACCGUCUUCAACCAGAAGGGCAACAGCGUGCUCGAGUGGGACUGCUUCCGCCUGCUGGUGACGUUCCAGUUCGGCGUGUACAACCUCCUCUUGUGGAACUCCUCGCAAACAGUCGUGCCCAGUGGGAGCAUGUUCGACUUCUACAUCCUGCAGACGAUGUUCGUGGCGCACCUGACCAAGGCGGUGCUCUGCUUCGACCUGGAAAAGGAGCAGGCCAAGCGGGCGCCGCACGACGAGCUCGCCGAGCUGCCGUACGUGGAGCAGCUGCCGUCGCGCGUGCGGGACAACAUGGUGGUCUUCUACCGCCGCUACAACAUCCCGGCCCGAGUGCUCCAGCGAAGCAAGCUGUACAAGCAGUCCGUGGAGGAGGUGAUACCCUGCGAGCCGCACCACCUGGCCCUGCUGAUCGAGUAUGUGCAGCGGCAGAUGCGUUCGUUCCUGCGCUGCGCGUGCCUCUUCUACCGCUGCCUCACCGACGUCGACUUCCCGGACUCCUUUCCCACAGAUCAGCCGGACCGCUUCGAGCUGAUGUGCCAGUAUUUGGGCCUCGAUCCCCGGCUGGGCGUCUACUUCGACAUGGAGACGGUGUUCGCCACGCUGAUGCAGUCGUUCGCCUCGCAUCCGCACAUCGACCGCGAGGUGGAGGAGCGCCUCCAGCCGGAAGCCGGUGCUCGCUCGCUGCAGCUGGAGCCCUGCCUGCGUCCGCUGCCCCGCCUGCAGCCGCUCUACGACGACUACAGCGAUCUGAUCAACAGCGUCUCGGACAUCUUCUGUCCGAACAACGAGCGCGAGGAGAUGAAGACGCCGACGAUGUGUCUGAUCUGCGGCGCCAUCCUGUGCGGCCAGUCCUACUGCUGCCAGCCGGAGCUGGGCAAGAUGUCGGUGGGGGCGUGCACACACCACGCCCACGCCUGCGGCGCCGAGGUGGGGAUCUUCCUGCGCAUCCGCGACUGCCAGGUGGUGUACCUGGGACGCGGCAAGGGCUGCCUCAUUCAGCCGCCGUACCUGGACGAGUACGGCGAGACGGACAUGGGACUGAGGCGCGGCAAUCCGCUGAGACUCUGCCAGGCGGCCUACAGCCGGAUAUUCCUGCAGUGGCUCGGCCAUGGGCUGCACGAGGAGAUCGCCCGGCUGAACGACAACACCAAUGUGAUGGCGACACAGUGGCAUCACAUGUAGUCCGCAGAUACAGCGGAGGAGGAGGAGGAGUUCAAGUUGGAGUUUAAGUUGGAAGCUAAGCAGAAGAAGGAGCAAGAGGAAGAGGAGGAGGAGGAGGAGGGAGCUGAUGAGGGCAGGCGGCGAACAGGCAAUGGCGGCAGUCAAUGUGAUUAUUACAUACUAACAUUAGGAGAGCCUAUAUUUAUAUGUCUAAGCAUUUUACUACUUAUCCGUUUUGGAGGAGCCCCAACACAUCCACGCACCAGCACACCCAGCACACCAUGUACACCCUGCACCACUUCCCACACCACAUCCCGCCCCACCAUCCACGUUUACGCCCCCACGCAGUCCUGUCCAGCGGCACCCGACCCAAAAUAACGAUUGUAUAAUUUUCUUCUAACUAUUAAUUGAUGAUAAUAUUAAUAUGAGUUUACCUUUUUUUUUUGAGCUAACAUUAGAGAACUUGUUGAUAGUUUGAGUGGCACAGCGCCCUCCUCUAGUUAUAUAUAUAUAUAUAAAACACAUAUGCUAAAUAUAUAACGACUAGGUUAGACUCUUUUGCAUGCGCUUAGGGAAGAAAAGUACGUAAAAAUAAAAGCAAAAUAUCCACAUUUGUCCUGCUCUCUCUCUCUCUAUAUCUCGCGGCCCCCUCGAUGUAUAUAUAUUUAGAUCCGAUCUUUGAGUGCCGAUCCUAACCAUGUUGAGGUCCUAUUUUGGCGUUUGUUAUCUUGUACAUUUAGUUAGUGUAAAGAAAAAUAUUGAUACAGAUUAAGUGAAUGUCCGAAAUUUCUUGCCCUUUCCUGCACCAUAAAAAUUACCAAAUUCCCAGUCCAACCCCCCUCCGUCCAGUAAACCAUUCACCCACCCACCACUCACACACCACACACACACACACUAUUUUUCCUAUUCUCUCUUUCAGACCCAUGCUUUUGUACCCCAUCUCACUCGAACCCAAGGAACACAGUAAAAUUAGUCAAAUCAUAUUUACUUGAUCAAUAUACUUAACACCCUAUACGACUAUAUAUAUUUACAUAUUAACGAGCGUAUAUACUAUGGAUACAUAACACGCAUAUUUCUUUUUAUGUAUUGUAAAACAAACAACAAAAUCGACUAUGUAUGUGAAAUUCAAGUAAAAAGACAAAGCAAAAUGUUCUCGAAAAAUGAUAAAAUGAUAAAUCGUAAACGGAAAUGAACAACCGAAUUAAAAUGCAGUUUGCAAAAUUUUAGUGAUAUUCAAA